AUGGCUUCUGAUUUUAUCGGGUACAAUGUUCUUGUAACCCUUCGAGCUCCCCCCGAUGCCACCGUGCAAGGAGUGGUAGCUGAUGUCAUUGGGCAGCGCUUGAUGCUUCGAAAUGUGUCACUCUCAUGGAUCAGCGAGACGCUCCCGGCAUAUUCCAUUGAAGCCCCCGACAUCGCGGACCUUUCUCUAGGACCCACGAGUAGACCCGCUUCGCAAGCUCGGUCUGUCUCCCAGGAGAAGCAGCGCGUAGCACAUCCCUUUUCUGGACCUCCGGCGCCGCAGUCUUUCCUUGACCCGGCAAUUUUAAGCUUCUCAAAGCCCCCGGCUCAAAUUCCAGCAGGCCAACAACCUCCACACAGCUCUGCAGACGGCUCGAUCCCCCCCUCCUUCCCUGCGCAGAAUGUGGCCCAUGCCCAACCGCCAGCUCAUACAACAACACCCACAACGUUACACGAAGCCUUUAGUAAUCUAGAACUGAACGUGGACAGUAGGCUGAAUACGACUCAGUCCGCGGUGCAGGCGAACGAGCUAGUACAAGUCCCUCCUCCCCAUGCAGGGGGAACGCCACAGACACCACAUGCCCCUGGUCAAUAUUCUAACAAACGCGGCCGCCGGGGCGGCAACUCCAAGGGAUUGGGCGCAUAUAACGAACAUGAUGGGGCCUUUAACACAAACCCGAAAAGCAAGGGAUGGCGCCAAACCGCAUUUGUCGAGCCCUCUAGCCCGAAUUUCCCCAAAUCCCCCCAGGCGUACAAGGAGCUAGGCUCUCUGAAUGGAAGACGGCGGAAGAAGAGAAGUAGAGGGGGCUAUAUUGAAGAACCUAGUGGUUGGGCUACCGAAGAUGCGACGGAUAUUCAGGAGAUGGGAGAAUUCGACUUUCAGAGCAACCUCUCGAAAUUCGAUAAACGGAAGGUGUUUGAAGAGAUCCGUAACGAUGACACAACUGCCGACGAAGCGCGUCUGGUGAGCUUCAAUAGGAGAGUUCCCAAACCGGGGACGAACGGCGGUAAAAACUUGCAUUGGACGGAAAAUGUUCUUGAUAGUCCCGAGGAAAGCGAUAAUGGGGCCACUGACCGAGAGCCAAGCGAUGCGAAACUCAGUAGUUCGAACUAUUCUGGACGCGAUCUAUCUAGGGCAUCUGCUCGCGCACAAGGAUCCCGAAAGGGAAGUGCGAUACUCGGACAGCCUCUUGUUCCAUCUCAGCUUAAUACUAUCGGGCGCAGUCAAUUAAGUACCUCCCGCACUACCAGCCCCCUCCCUACGAAAACUGCUGUAUCUGCCUCCCCAAUCACAGGCUCGAGCGUCGCCGGAACCACUUUGCGUCUUGCUACCACGAAUCGAAGCUGUCCGACAGUCAGCCCCCUCCAGAUUCUGGAAGUGGAGCAGAUUGCCGUUACUGAGCUCGGAUUAACCGAGGAUAUGCUCACUGAAAAUGCCGGGAGGGGUAUUGCCGAAGCUGCUGUGGGCCUUCUAUCCAGUGAUGCGGCAGCGCCGACCAUGCUGGUACUUACCGGAAACCACCGUACUGGAGCAAGAGCUAUCUCUGCUGCACGUCAUCUCCGUAAUCGUGGACAUCGGGUGACUGUAUGUAUGCUGGGAAUCGAACACGAGACCGAGCUGCUGGAGAACUGCCGUAAACAACUCGAAGUGUUCAAGAAGAUUGGUGGUCGGGUGUUGAGAUGGGAAGAUCUUGCGGUGCGACUGUCGACAUCGGAAUUUGGACCGGAUUUGGUUCUCGAUGCUUUGUUUGGCAUCCACAUCGCCUUCAAUGACCUCCGGACGGAUGAUCAAGCCACAGCAUUUGAGAUGAUAUCGUGGGCCAACCGGAGCAACCUCGAUGUCUUGUCCGUUGACGUUCCGUCAGGGUUAUCUGCAACAAAUGGCGAAGUUACUCUGGUUGAGGGGGGUCAGCUGUGCGUCAAUUCCAAGUCAGUUGUUUGCCUUGGAGCGCCAAAGACCGGACUCGUGAAUGCUCUAGUGGCCGGAGAGGGUGCCUCAUGGAGUCUUUCCGUGGCCGAUAUUGGAAUCCCUCAAAUUGUUUGGAGAAAAUAUGGCACUCGCCGACGACAUGGGAUUGACUUUGGAAACCGUUGGGUUAUUACCCAUUCAGAGUGGGCGUCGGAGGAUUCGUAUUCUGCCAGCGCAGGCGCUGCUGCGGGACGGGUAAAGCGAGGAGUUGGCGAUGCCUCCUUCAAGCACCUCCCCUUCAAGUUUUGUUCCCUAUCCUUGCAACCAUUCGAGCACCCGGUCUGCACGGCGUCGGGCACGAUCUUUGACCUGACCAACAUUCUACCCUGGAUUAAGAAACAUGGAACAAACCCGGUGGAUGGCACACCUCUCAAGAGCGCGGACCUCAUUAAAUUGAAGAUCGCGACCAACGACUCCGGGGAAUACAUGGAUCCCGUCACGUUUAAAGUUUUGACCGAUAAUACGCAUAUCGUUGCACUACGAAACACAGGGAAUGUUUUUGCCUGGGAUACCGUCGAACGGCUGAAUAUCAAGGGCAAGCUGUGGCGAGAUCUCGUCACAGAUGAAGAAUUCACCCGGAAGGAUAUCAUCACGCUACAGGAUCCGCAGAACAUCGAGUCCAGGAACCUGAGCUCGUUCAAUUAUCUGAAGGAAGGCGAAAGCGGGUUGACCGACGAACAACUGCGGGAGAGAGACGAUCCGUCCAGAAAAGUCAAUACGAAUGCCCUGGGAAGCUCGGCGAAGAUCUUGAAGGCUCGAGAGGCGGUAGCCAAGGCUCGUUUGGAGAGAGCGCAACGUACGGGAGUAGCAGGGACGGCCAAAGGGUUAUCCAAAACUGACGGUGGCGCGAAUGCAGCUUCUUUGCACAAGACUGCGGCCAACCAAUCUGGCAAGCCGGUUCCCUACAACGCGGCAAGACACACCACCGGUCUUGCAGCCGCCUCGCUCACCAGUACGGGAGUUACCCCACAUACUUCCGGAGAACUUGCGUUGUUGUCCGAUGAAGAGUAUAUGCUGAAGCGGGGUCGGGUAAAGCAGAAGGGAUAUGCUCGACUCUCCACUACGUCUGGGGAUAUCAACUUGGAACUACACACUGAGUAUGCGCCAAAGGCCGUCUGGAACUUCAUCAAGUUGGCGAAGAAAGGCUACUACCGCGAUGUAACCUUCCACCGCAACAUUAAGGGAUUCAUGAUCCAAGGAGGAGACCCUACCGGCACUGGAAGAGGGGGCGAGAGCAUCUGGGGCAAAUACUUCAACGAUGAAUUCGAUGGACCUCUGAAACAUGACUCCCGGGGAACGCUGAGUAUGGCCAACAAAGGCAAGAAUACGAAUAGCAGCCAAUUUUUCAUUGCCUAUCGCGCUCUGCCCCAUUUGAACAACAAACAUACAAUUUUCGGCCACGUUAUUGACGACCCAACUCCUUCAUCGGCCACAUUGAACAGCAUCGAAACACACCCAGUCAACCCAACAACCAACAAGCCCACCCCAGAUAUCCGCAUAACUGACGUGACGAUCUUCGUUGACCCCUUCGAAGAAUUCUUGAAACAGAAGCAAUCGCAAGAGUCAGCAGACAAGGGAAUCACCCCGGAAGAAGAGGAGCAGAAUGCUCGACGCGCCGAAGACGACCAAGUUACCUGGACCGGAAAGAGGGUCCGUGGUCCCGGCGCACACUCGAAGGAGGACCGCUCGGUUGGCGUAGGAAAGUAUCUCAAAGCUGCCCUGGCUGAAAAGGCUGGACAGGAGGAAGAUGAGAUUGUUGAGUUCGUGGACGAGGAGCCGGCACCAGAGCCGAUGAGGAAGAAAUUCAAAGGGUCUGGUGGAUUUGGAGAUUUCAGCUCCUGGGAUUAG